GUGGUUGCUCUUGGCAACGACGUGCCAGACGGCGCGGUGGUCACGGUGAUGGCCGGCAAUGAAGACAACUGCAAUGCCGAGCUACGCAACGCCACGGCGACCAUGAAGCAAGGCUACGCCCACUUCAAUGACCUUCGCUUCAUCGGUCGCAGCGGCAGAGGGAAGAGUUUCACUCUCUCCAUCAACGUGCUGACGUCGCCUCCGCAGAUCGCCACCUUACACAGAGCCAUCAAGGUCACCGUGGACGGACAGCGGCUGCCGAGACGACAGAGACAGAGGGAGGUAAAGUCAGGAGGGUUCAGGUCGUCCUGCAGCAGCUCUGCAUCGUCAGACUGCAGGUCGUUUUCUUCGUCUCUGUGGACCAAUGAGCCGUCGUUUCUGGGUCAGGUGACCUCUCUGACCUCCUCCUUUACUCCAAGUCCCAGAAUGCACCACCUGCCUCCUCUCUCCUACUCCUCCCAGCCCUCACCUUACUGCUCCUACCUGUCCUCGCCCCCUCCCCCUCCUCUGAGCCACAGUGGUCCGUUCCAGCCCAGCAGCUUCUACUACGGACCAAACCAACCGCCCCCAACCAUGGGGGAGGACCGCAAUGUCGUCACUGCUUUGACCAAUUAUAUUGAGGGGGCGUGCCUCACCAUAAGAGGGGAGGAGCCUGUGUGGAGGCCUUAUUGA